AGGAUGAGAGAGAAUGCCUUUUAAGUCGUGCCAGGAGAGGUUUAAUUUGUAUAUAGAUAGGAUAGAUGGGGACAUUUCUUCACGCAAACACGGUCAGGCACUGUUACAGGCUUCCCAGGGCAGUGGUGAAAUGCCAACCCUGGAAGUUUUAAAAAAGCCGUGUGCAUGUGGCACUUGAGGGCAUGGCUUAGUGGUGCUGCUGGUGGUGCUGGCGGAAUGACUGGACUUGAUGGUCUUAGGGGGCUUUCCUGACCUUUACAAUUCCACGGUUCUAUGAUUUGUUAUCCUGGCCCUAACCCCCCUGCAAGGAACACGGGAUACUGACGUGUGGGUCUGCUGUGGGAUCACAUCAGUCCCUCUUGAGACCCUGUGGCCGCAGGACACCCUCUGGGGUGAAACCAUGGCCAGGUCCCACCAUUCACCUUUGCUUUUCUAACAAAAAUUCUGGAAUUAAUCAGUCCUGAGGUCCUGUAUUCACUUGUUGAUUGCAUUAACACGUUUUAGGUGGUGUUUAUUUUGUUUGUGUUGGUGACCUGAGAUCGUGUCAUUGGUGCUGUCAGGGAAAGUUGGAUAUUUUCAGCAGAAACUUGAAGAUUUUAGGCACUUGAUGAACAGGGACUGCAUGAGCAUUAGUAAGAUUUUUCUGUUAAAAUUAGCGGCAAUGAAGCAGUUGACUGUGAUGACAUUUGAUAUUUCGGUCUAUUGAAAUGAAUGAGGUGGAUGCAUGACAAGUCGUGGAUUUGGGAAUAUGAGACACAUUAACAUAAGGAUAGUUGAUCAGCCAGGUUUUCAACUAUCAAGAUAUUUUGUACAACCUGAAAACCAUAUCAGAAUCUUCUGUCUCCAGCAGCCAAAGGGCAGAUCAUUUUACCUAAGCUAUAGCCAGAGUGGUUGGGUGCAUAAAACUAUGUAAAUUUUAAAAGUUGGGGAAGGUGUAAGAGGAAAAACUCACAAACUAGAGAAGAUAAGGACAAAAAGUGUUUCUGCUCCAUGAGAAGUUCUCCCAGAGGAUUGUGGUUAUCUUUAAAAACAAUCUCAGUGAAAAAUAAAUGUGUGUAUGAAGAGUCAGUUGACAAUUCCUCUCUGAAAUGUCCAGUGGAUGGACAGACCUUUAAGGACAUGCACAGACACUGUGUAGGUCCCUCCAGGGUCACUGCCAUGGUGCUGAAGGUGUUCUUUCCAUCGUGCUGCUCUUCGGCAGACAGCGGCAUUCUGAUCGGCCGCUGGAUCUCCGAGCAGAACUCUGCUGUCAUCCUUGCUGUGGUGCACUUCCCCUUUAUUCCUGUCCAGGUGAAGCAGUACCUUGGGGAAGUUCAGCGUGUGACUAAAGUCAGUGUUUCUGUGCUUGGCUCAUGGAGCAACAGCAAACAAGAGAAGGAAGAGAGUCUCAGUGAGUUCUUGGAAGACCUUGGGACCAUAUUCUGCCAUGAGCCAUGGAUCCAGAUAAGCAAAGAGGGAGACAGCAAAUUCUGGAGCUGUUCUACCCUCCAGAAACACUCUAAGAACCCUCAGAAGGAAGAAAUCAUCUUGGUGUACUAUGACCAGCGCAAGGUCAUGCUUUCCCAUAUGCACCCCUCUUUGGACACAGCUGGCCAGGGCGCAGAGGAUGCCUCAAAGCUCUCAGCCAUCUUUGACACGGUGGCCAGGAGCCAGGUGCUAUUCAUGACAGACAGGUACGACGAGGGGCCCAUCAAGCUGACACACUGGCAGUCGGAUGGGGUGGAGGCCAGCAUCAUCGUGGAGCUGCUGAAGCAGGCCUCGGUGCCUGCCUGUAUGGUGCUGACCUUCCUGCUCUCGCUGCUCUCUGGGAUCUGCAGGAGCAGGGUGUUGAAGUUUUGGCCUUUGUCUUUCUUGUGGAGCAAACUCUCAACUUGUGAGCAGCUGGGACAUCGCCUGCAGCACCUCCAGAUCAUCAGCAGCAACAAGAAGGCUCAAAACCAAAAUCAACUGAUGAGGAAAGCAAACAUCUUUAUGUCUCUGCUGAUUGAUGUAGCCCUGGGGAUACUGCUGAUGUCAUGGCUGUACAGGAAGAACCGCAUUGGUCACCUUGCUGACACUCUCAUCCCUGUGGCUGAUCAUGUGGCUGAAGAGCUACAGGACCUGCUCCAGUGGCUGAUGGGAGCACCAGCUGGCCUGAAAAUGAACAGAGCCUUGGAUCAAGUUUUGGGCCGCUUCUUCCUUUAUCACAUCCAUCUUUGGAUCAGCUACAUCCACCUGCUGUCCCCCUUCAUUGAGAUGAUCCUGUGGUACGUGGGGCUCUCGGCUUGUCUGGGCCUGACCGUGGCUCUCUGCAUCCUUUCCGACAUCAUCGCGCUCCUGACCUUCCACAUCUACUGCUUCUAUGUCUAUGGGGCCAGGCUCUACUGCCUGAAGAUCUACGGCCUGUCCUCCCUGUGGCGCCUUUUCCGGGGGAAGAAGUGGAACAUGCUGCGGCAGCGGGUGGAUUCCUGCUCCUAUGACCUGGACCAGUUAUUUAUUGGCACUUUGCUGUUCACAAUCCUGCUGUUCCUUCUGCCUACAACUGCACUGUAUUAUUUGGUGUUCACCCUGCUCCGGUUGCUGGUGGUGAUUGUACAGGGCCUCAUACACUUGCUGGUGGACCUGAUUGACUCCCUGCCUCUUUAUUCCCUCAUCCUUCGCCUCUGCAGAUCCUACAGGCUUGCAGCUGGAGUGAAGUUUAGAGUCCUUGAGCAGCAGGAUGGAAAACCUCUGCGGCUCCUUAUGCAGAUCAACCCCCUCUCCUACGGAGGUGUGGUCCAGACCUACAGGCUGCCCACCUACAGCUGCUAUCCCAGGGACUCCUGGGCAUCUCUCUGCAAAAAACUGUUCCUUGGGGAGCUCAUCUACCCUUGGAAACACAAAGAAGACAAGCAGAACUAAAGACAGUGGAAGAACUUAGGAACUUGACCUGGAAAACGUAACGACUCCUAAUGCUUUGGGACCAAAGGCUGCUCAGAGCCAGCGACUGCUCCAUCCCUUUAAAUAGAUUUUGGUAACAUAGGAAGGGCUGAAUUUUUAAAGGCAAGUAUUUUUAAAUAUUAUUUUUCAACUUCCCUUACACUGUGUUUGUAUAUUAUGCUAAUGAUUAUUUUGGAAGCAAAAGGCUGAACUCAUCAGUGCCUCAUGAAAUCAGCGCUCAGUGUCAUGGAGGAAGCAGCUUCCAAAUGUUUUGGUGAUGAAUUUCUCCUUCCAUGUCAGCUCACAGGGCUGUAGCAAAGCAGCCUCUCAGGUGGUUCACAAUGAUGUGGUGCCUUCAGCCAGAGUGUGUUUUGGACUUUUUCUGCUUCAGCCUUCAAGCCAGCUGAUCAGAACCAUGUGGAGAGUCAGCUUGUGGAGUCCUAUGCUGAAAACUGAACAGCUGGGUGUCUGAGUUCAUGGGAUAUUUAUUAAUUUCUUUCGAGCAGGGCUUGCACUCACCCUCACUGCAGCACCAGAGAAGGUGUUGAAAGAGUGAGGCUGGGAGCCCAGAAGCACAGACUGUUGUAUCAUGAUUCUGUGAUUUCUCUUAGGGGAGUUUUUUUGCUUUGGAUAAAUUUCCAAAGCACAUCAGUGCUUGACUUUCCAUCUCCUGGUCUCAUUUUGAUGUGUCUCCUAUUCUCUGUGUUGCAAAGGGUGCCUGUGCACAGGAGGGUGGUGUCCCACUUGGCAUGCUGUGGUUGUAUCAAAUUUAAAUACAGUCCUUAUCCAAAAUACA